UUUCCUCCGGGUCCCGUGGUAGCACAUAAGAGCCGAACUUGCGUUCAGGUGAAGUUGUGGUCCCAGCAAGGAGCGAAACCAUACUGAAAUUAUUCGGAUCUCGAGGAGGUGUAGCUGACCGGAGUGCAGAGGAUCCUGACGGUGACCGGGACCAUUGGGAUACAGAUUGGAGCACGGUAUAUGGAAUCAAGGCUGGCUUCGGUUGGGUAAAGUAAAUCUGUAAUUGCGCCGAGAGCUCGCAAGGCAGCAGUCUCUGUACUGAGGAGAGAGUAUCGCGGAGGUGAUCCUCCAAAGAGAUAUUGAGGUCCGAUGUCAUGAUCAAUAUCACGAACACUUGAAUGGAAAUGUUUAUGGCAGAUCAUCGAGCUGCUCUUCGGCUCGGACGUCGACCUCCAACAGAGGCUCCCUAUGCAGGACGAGGCUGCCCAGGAUGCAGAGGCACUCAUUCAAAAUUUUACAAAGGCCUGUUCUGCUUUUGACAUCAAUGUAUCCGAAGCUGUCGAUUCUACUUCUGCCGUCCUGGACAACAUUGCCUCCGAUUUGGCCAAAAGCCGCGAUCUCAGGUCUCACGUUGGCACCGACAGACCCGUGUUCUGGUCCUGUCUCCGUAAACUAUGGCAGGACCUUGUCCGUGCUCAGUUGACUUUUUGGGACGGCGAUGAUGACGACCAGGCCUCCAUCGAAACUCUGAAACAUCAAAAUUUGAGAAAACUUUGUCAGAGCCUGGCUCGGUUGACCAGGAACCUCGUCGCUGGGGUCAGUCAAAACCAGACACAUGCUUUUGAAAAUGAGCCUGAUAUCAGACGGCUACUUCACUACUACACAUCUUGGACUGCGAUGGAGGAUCAAGAUGACCUUGUCGUCGCUCGUGUUCUCUCUCAGACCAUGUCGAAUCUCAUCACCGCUAACGAUGCCCUCAUGCAAUCCCUCUGGGAUACCUAUAUGAAUCUUUCUGAAGAUCAAGUCGUGUUAAUUCGGCUUUUGCAAUCGUCGGAUGGAAAGUCUCUUGUCCCUGCGAUGAUGCUCAUCCGAAAUUGCAUACAAGGCAGCAGGACACGAGCAAGACUAUUGGUACACGCGACGGUCGGAUCGAGAAUAUGCGUUUGCCUGCUUGAUAAGAUGUCGAAAAUUUACGAAGCCGAAGAGGGCAGUGAGGAAGCCCAUGCUUUCGACCUUGGGUAUGCCAUAUUCAGUCGAUUAAUGCAAGUCGGUCUAGUGCCAGAGUUGUAUUCCAAGUUGUCAAUAAAAGACGAAAUAGUGACUCCGCACCAGACAGUUAUGCUCAAACUGAUUGAUUCUUAUCUCCAAUCGACUCCAUUGAAACCAAAGGACCCCGCCGCAACGAAGAUUCUAGUCAAGCUGAGCCAAAUGCUGGGUACAUGUUUCUUUUCCAUGUCAUUCUAUUCGCAGCGAGCGAUUCGUCGUUCUCUGGGAUCUCCUUCGUCUGAAAAUUUCUCUCCGGUCGUCAAUCUACUUCCGCCCGCAGAACUAGACGUCGUGCUCCCAAAGGUGUGCGAGGCGCUUGUUUUGGUAUCCCAGUGUAUCGUGACAGUGACGCUGGAUGCCGAGAAAGAGACAGUUAGCUCCAGAACCCCGUCUUCCUCUCCCCAGAAUAUCAGAGCCUUCUUCAACGAGCUACGGUCCGAGAAUCACAGCCUGGCGGAAAGUUUGAUAGAGCUCCUCCGUUUGCUGGAUAGAUUUCUACCUCGAAUAAAAUUUGGAAGACCGGUCCAAAACCAAACUGGGUCCGAUGGCCCAGCGCCCACACCGCUUUCGAAUGUAUCCGACACAGGGUUUUUCUAUCUGAAGAGGGACCUCGUUAGACUUCUGGGAAUUUUGUGCCACGAACAGAAAGCUGUUCAGGACCGUGUACGUCAGUGCGGCGGCAUUGAAGUUGUGAUGAACCUGUGCGUUAUUGAUGAGAGGAACCCUUAUUUGCGGGAGCACGCUAUCUUUACGUUGCAUAAUCUAUUAAAAGGCAACCCGGAGAACCAGGCAAUCGUUCAAGAAAUACAACCGACAGGGCAAUGGGACGAAAAUGGCGUUUUGAAGGACACCCUUGGUGCAGUACGGAGGUAGGAGGUCGCAGGAGUUUGCAGAACCGGAGAGCGUGUAAGAGAUAUCAGGAGAUAUUUGUAUAUUCUAUACAUUGUGCAGUCGGUCCAAUCAUAUUAAUUUAUUCCUCUUCAU